UGAAAAUAGUAUUGCUGCAGGCCCUAACGUCCAGCUCAGCCAUGCCCCCCCCUACUCCGCCACCUCGAAUUGACAACCCUUUAGCGGCCGUGGAAGAGGAAUGUGAGCAUGCUGCCUGUAAAUCCAUGCUCGAUUUGCUAAAAAGUGCCGCCGGUAUGUCGAAAUCUGGUGCUACUUCCUCGUCUUCACCCUCCCUGGCCUCGUCCACCCCUUCAGCUGCCUCCUCUGACGAGGCAGCUUGGCGGAAAAACCAUUGUCCACUCGACAAAGACACGUUGGGCGACAUGACAUGGGGUGUGCUUCAUUCUACCGCAGCGUAUUAUCCCGAGUCUCCCACACCUCAGGAGCAGUCUUUGGCUGCGGGCCUCGUCCAUGGAAUUGCAGGUCUGUACCCGUGCACAUACUGCCGGACAGAUUUCGAGGAAUGCAUCCAAGCACUCCCUCCCCGGGUGGAGAGCCGCGAAGCCUUCUCAGUUUGGGUUUGCAAGCAACACAACCUCGUGAACGAGAAACUGGGAAAACCCGUCUUUCCCUGUGACUUGAAGAGUUUAGAUCGACGGUGGAAGACCGGGGAGCCGCGGUGCUGGGGAGAAAAGGGAGGAGAGGAUAACAACCACAGACAAGCGGGGGCGGACUUGACUCCUGCAGGGGCACAUACAAAACAACAAGAGCACAUACCCUCUGCGCCAUCCCCGUUGACCAGAAGGAAAAGCAAAUUUUAUAUCAUCGAACCUGGGGUGGGGAAGAAAAAAACGGGCCCCUAGAGGGUCUCUCAUGGAACUCAACGUGUUUCAGAGUGUAUGGUAGAAGAAUGCAGCUUGUAAUCAAAGCAUAUAGUGCAAGAAAUAAGUAGAAGACAGAA